AUGAGUUGGGAUAAGGUCAUACAGGACUCCGACGAGGACGAACCUCUCAUUGAAGAUGACUUUCCCGCCUCUCCUGACCCGCUCCAGACUACCCAGUCUCCAGUCAUACAACAUCAUGAUCAUCCAGAAGAAAAGGAAACAUUUCUCCCACUUCAGCACAAUGCCAAUCAAGGCUUCCCAGAACCGCAACUGAACGUCAAUUUCGAUCAAUUUCUGCAGUCGCAAGGCACACAUGUAACGUCUACUUCAUCACAGCAACAACGCGAAGAAAGAUGGAUUCCCGCGACUUGCGAAGGCGGGGGAGGAUCAAUCGGAGGAAUCAUGACAGAAAUAGGAAUUGCACAAGAUCAAUUGUUCAACGAUAAUGCCUCCAGUGCCGCUCAGCGCCUCCCUUCUACCGCAACUCAUUACCCUAGCGAAAUAUCUCAACCGGGAUCUUUUCCAGCAAUGGAGUCGUACAAUCGCGAACAAUAUAAUCCAGUGGCCUAUGGAAAUACUGCCCAUGCGAUGAUUCCUCAUGAUGUCCCUUAUGAAGCAACUCAACUUCUUGUUCCUGGUCCCGUGGUCCCAUAUGAUUACAGCACGCUAGCUGCCACGACCGAUAUAUCUUCACCGUCUGACGGGAACACAGCUUUAACGUCAGCUCCACUAAGUGAAAAUAUGCACACAAAUCUAUCCAAAGCGGCCCCGCAUCGGGCUAAAUCAAUGCAAUCAAUGCAAUAUUCCCCGCAUGACACUGAGCCAUUCUCGUCUGUGACAUCACCGCGCUUAAAUAGAGCUAAAAGUGAUACAGCAAGGCCCGGUCUCAUUUCUCCCCGACACUCUCCAUCUAGCACACAUGAUGAGUUGGCUCUACCUACCGUUGCCGUGGAGGUACCAUCUGUUACAAAAAGGAAGCGUGGUCGCCCGAGCAAAGCGUCUCUCCAGGACAAUGAUGACGACGAUGAGCUAGCCCUUACCCGGAACCCAGAGCCUAUCCCUAUUAAACUAUCUGGAAAUCAGCUCCCAGAGCAGAUAGUCGAACCCGUUCCUAUAGAGGCCACCCACGAGUCCAGCGUUGAACAAGCCGUCGAGCCCGAAAAAGAAAUCCCAGACACAUUAAUCAAUACAGAAGCAGUGGAGAGCAAUGAUCAGAAUACCACCAUAUCGGCAGUUGCAGAAAACAAAAACAAGCGCACGGCUAAAGAGCCGAAAAAGAAAAAGGUCAAGCGAAGCAAGACAGCCUCUGCUGCUAUGCAGAAGUCUCAAAUAUCUGAUAUUGACGAUGAUAUAAUCUGGGUUGACUCACGGCCUUUACAAGCCCAGGAUGCGCAGGAUGCGCAGGAAGAAAGCAAGUCAAAAGCAGACGCGCCACAAAAAGAGAUUCCUCAGCAGGAGCCUACCGUUCUAAACGACACUAGCACUAAUGUCACGAAACCGGGAAAGGCCCCCCCUAAGAAACGCGGGCGCAAACCGAAGAAGUCUGCAGAGCAAGUAGCAGAAGACGCACCAGACCCGGCAGACGAAGCAGAUAAAGCAGAUAUCUCGUUGGACCAUGCUGAUUCCAAUUCUGUCGGGGUUGAUAAAUUACAAAACCCUUCACUCCCGGACAAGGAUGAGACGAAUAACGCCUCAAUCGAUAUUGCGCCCAGCUCAGAUGUACAUGCCCCAACAGAUCCUCCUUCGAUUGAAGAUGAUAAGACGUCAAACUCGACUGAACCGGGACUUCAAACGCCUCAGAGAUCGGAUCAAAAGCUGAGCACUCCCGUCUCGGAUAUUAAGGCUCAGAAAGGAGUAUCAAAGAAUAGUCCUAUCACGUCAACUAGCAAAGUUCCGUACCGCGUUGGGUUAAGCAAGAGGGCUCGUAUCGCGCCGUUGCUGAAAAUCGUACGAAAGUAA